CCAAGCGCCAUUUUGAAAGAAGUGUCGUUGUACUUUAAACUAGCGGGCGGCAACGGCGGCUCUCGGGUGCUGAGGAGAGUAGAUGUCGCUGCUGACUGUCCCGGCUGGGUAUGGUGCCUUAGAGCCCCCGCGGGGUGUCCAAGCGGCCAAGCCCCCCACUGGGGCUCAGCAUUGUAGCCUCCCCGGCCGGAGCGGGGAGUGAGACUCUUCAGAAAGAUGAGAGGAGAUUCCAUUAGUCAUUUGGAUAAAAGCCAUGGCAUGCUCGUUUGAAAAAGACAACAUUUACUCGCCUGAAUCUACUGUGUCUUCUCUCCUAGCAAGCUGCAGCCUUAACAGUAGUAACUCAAACGGCUCAAUUCAAUACAAAGACAAGGUAUACAACUCUGCAUCUCAGGCUUUGGAGGCUUAUAUUGAAGAUUUUGACCAAAGUCUUAUGUCUUCAGAAGUAAGCACUGGAAAAAUCUGCAUAGGUCAGAGUACUCCUAAAGAUAAGUCAGCAAAGUUUGCUUCUGUACAAAAAUACGCUUUGGAGGACUUUAACCAGCAAGUAAAACUCAACUCCAUUGCCUCACCUUUUAUAAGACAAACUGUUUGUGACCCAGACUUGAUUAGUCUCACCACAGAUGAUCUACUAGCAUUUCCAGCAGAUGGAUCACUGCCUUUUAUCCACAAGAGUCCUUCUGGGUCAGGGCUUCAAAGUGGCAAGUGGAUUAGGAAGUCACUGAAAAAACCUGCCUUCUAUCCUUAUCAGACUUCUGCAUUUGAUGUUGAAAAAGACUUUGAUUUCCAAGACAAUGGCAACGCUGUGGAUAAUCGAAAUCAUUACAGAGACGUUGACAAAGAGAAACACAAUGUGUAUAAAUCUCACAAAUACAAUUCUAUAUUUUCUAAAGAAAAUGCAGGGGAUUGCCUUUUUCAACAACACUCUGAGUCCAUUUCUGUCAAGAAUUAUCCAAGGUGGCUUACUAGCCAUAAGUCUGACUUGAAUGUGUCGGGGAUAAGUAGUAUUCCUGAUUUCAAGUACCCAAUCUGGCUAAAGAGUCAUAACCUUUUAUGUGAUUCAGCUAAUCAAAGUUUUAUUCAAACAUUGAACAUGCAAGAUGAAUUUUCCUCUUCACAAAUGUGUGAGAGUAUGAAAAAAAAACACAUUGUGAAUAAAUUAGACUGCAAUUCUUUUGAACAAAAUAGUUAUCUGGAGCCAACAGGUGACAGUGAAGUAACAGGAAAUUGCCGAUAUGUCAGACCAAGUACAGACUUCCAACCUGGCAAUGUUCUCUCAAGACAGUCCAAACAGCCAUUCAGAGAUGACCAGAUUGAGUUGCUUAUCUUGAAGGCAAAGAGAACUCUAGAGUCUUCUGUUGAGAAUUUAUCAAGUGCUCUGAAAAAUGAUGGCAGCCCUUGUACAGUAGAUAUACUGGAAGCAGAAAGAUCCUGGGAAAAUGUUCCAGUUGCUUUCAAACCUCCAGUGCCUGUACACUGUGAGGAGGAUGAGAACUCUCUACAAUCUCCCAAGGCUAACAUUGUAAAUGAAUUCCUUGAAGACUGUUUAAAUAAUGACAAUCAGCUUUCAGAAGAAGCAGUUUCUGAAUUAAAGCAAUGUGACAAUGUCGUGAUCCCUAUUACUAAGUCCCUUCGAAGGGCUUUACACCAUUUGUCCCGGCUCAAAGGCCUAGUUGAUGAUACCAGUGGCAAGCAAGAUCAGAAAGAUUAUCAUCAAGAAGAUGGAAAGGGAAAAAAUCUACAAAUAAGAAAUACCUUGUUGGAAGCUGAGCAGUCUAUAUAAUUAAAAUAUUAGUACCUGUAUAAUAACCAUUAACUUUUCUUUGAGAGCAGUUUCAUAGGUCAAAUAUAUUUUUAUUUUUUUAAAUUUGAGAAAAGUGUGUUAUUUUAAAAGUACCAUACAGGAUUUCUACACUUUUUUUUUUUUUUUUUUUUUUUUUUUUUGCAUUGAGGUGAAAACUCCAAAAUGUAUGAGUAAUACAUAUAGAAUCUAGUAAAAUCUAAUAUUAUCUGGAAAGAUCGAUACUAUAAAGAAUAUUUAUUUUAUUAAAAUAACUUGAGCAACCAUCAAGGAAAAGACUCUGUGGUCUAUAAAUAAAAUUCAGAAACUCAAAAUGCUACGCCACAUUCAGCAGCCCCAUUACAUCCCCCACACUCUGCUACAAAAUUGAUAGAAAUAAGGAAACUGAAGAGUGAGGUAUAAACUUACGCAAACAGGAAGGCUUUGCAACAAUAUUACAAAAAAGCUCUAGGAUCAUUGCUUUCUGAUGGAACUUUAUUUUGACAUGAUUAUAGUCAGGAGCAAAGCCUACAGAUUACUGAAUUUGCUAACUCUAGAAACCCUUCUCAGGCAUUUCUCUAAUACAAGUCAUGUAAUCCCCUUUCAACCAUUAUUUCUAAUUACAGUAAGACAAUAUCAUGACAGAUUUAUAGGAUGAAAUACCAAAGUUCCUCAAGAGGCCAAAUGAGUCUAGCUGUGACCUAUUUCUUUGGAUAGAAGUGCCAUAAAAUAUCACCUAACUUUGAAAAGUAGUCCUUUUAAGCAUGCAUUUGCAUAGCUAUGCAUUUUCUUCCAUGCACUUUGUCAGUUGAGAGAUUAAUCGCUAAAGGUCAGUUAGGUUUUUGUUCUAAUACAGUUGUAUAAAAUCCCCUCAAACCAAGUCAGUAAAGAAGCUUGAAAAGAACCAAAAGAAUGCAUUUAAAAGUUCCAGAAUGCUGCAUCAGUUCUUCAGGCUAGAGCAGUGUUAAAUAGAUCAUUCAAGGAAAAGCUAGUUUGUCACUUGAAGCCUGGUGCAAUGAUGUUUGAAAUUAAAAAUAAAACAAGCAUGAAAUUUUUCAAGUGCCAGGAUGUGGGAAUUCUGUAUUUAAAUUAUGCCUGUUGCAUACUUCCUAGAAAAGAGCUGAUUUGGUCUCUAAAGAUAUAUGUUGGUAAAUUGGUAACGAAAUAAAUAUAUUUUUAAUUAGAUUAGGGGCUCAUUAUGUCUCUUCACCACUAUGUACAUGCUUGUGGCUAAGUGUUAAUAAAUACUAUUUUACAUCUGCAGCUCACAUGAAAACAUUGUUUGGUAUUUGUCAUUUGCAGAAUUUUGAUUAAAAAUAUUGUCAGCAGUUAUAAUUCACUAUAUAUACACUUUAUUAAUAUCAAGUGCAUACUUUUUGUCCAGGUUUUCUCAGUUAGCCUGUAAAGUCUAAACCCAAAUCGGUAAAGAAAGAUGUCUGAUUAUUAAGUAAAGUGGAGUAUCUGUGAGUGGAAGUAAAGAAUAAGCCACUUAACAUACUGGAUAAAGCAUAGCUUUUACACAUUUUAAUUGACACACAAUAUAUAUAAAUGCCUGUGGUUCCAACAAGAUCCUUCCAGUGCCAGCCUUCAUGGUUCUGCUUUUUAUACUAGUCCUGCAUAAUUGAAAUAGCUGGUUGGAAAGUGGGGGAGGGGCUGACUUGGUAUAUUGGUAAUAAAAGUAUAAGGCGGCCCUAAUUCCUAAGUCCAGCCAAGCUCUGCUUCAUACAGGACCCAAGAAAGGGUAUGCCAUUCUUGUAGUUCCCUGAUCUAGGAAUCUCAGUGUUGCUGCAUCUUACAACCCAGCUCCUUAUGGCCCCAAUGGGCCCUUCCAUCAGAGAAUAGAAGUACACCUCUACCCAGAUAUAAUGCGACCCGAUAUAACACGAAUUCGCAUAUAACAUGGUAAAGCAGUGCCCCGGGGGGACGGGGCUGUGCACUCCGGCGGAUCAAAGCAAGUUCGAUAUAAUGCGGUUUCACCUAUAACGCGGUAAGAUUUUUAGGCUCCUGAGGACAGCGUUCUAUCGGGGUAGAGGUGGAUAGAGAUACUCUAGCCAUUCCCUGUAUACAGUGGAAUUCCCAGCUUUCUACUUUGCUUGUUUUAUAGCCCUAUCAAACUGGUAGAGCAGCACAAAAGGAUAUGUACCAGAUUCAUGAAUUGGGCCCAAAUCCUUUGACCUGCGUCUGUGUGCUUAAAUCUGUCCCAGGGUAGUAAUGCCAUCUGUCAAUGGUCAGUGAAAAAGUUGGUGUCAGUCACGUUGUGUGUGAAUUCGUGUCCACGUUAAAAUAAAUGUGAUUUUUUUUUAAAUGUAUUUAUUACUGAAAAGACAAGAAUUGGAUGGGAAUGAAAUCUGAGCAGUCACCACACCCCUAUAUGUGGUCUCUCAAGGUCUGGGUUGAGGUAUAUUGACAAGACAUUUGUAGGAAGCCUUUACAACAGCUCUGUAAGCUGUACCUGUUCUGUUACUAGUCCAGUCUCCUAGGCUAUCAAGCCAACAUUGUAUCAUUACUAAAUUCACUGUACAUAAAACACCAGAUGAAACAUACGUAUCUCCAAAUGAAAACAGAAUUUUCUAGCAAGCCCCUGUCACAUGUACAGUGAGGUCUCAUAUGUACAACAGAUUUGUGAUAAACUCAAAGCUGCCAAUUUGAAGAACUGUAAGAUACUAAAAGAAAAAAAUAGGAUGAUUAGUAAUAGAAAAGAGAACUAAUAAUUUCCCCCUCUUGGCUCCCUGCAAGUUAAGAAUGAGUAAGUAGAUGGGAAAACCUAUAGUUGUGAUGGCUUUAAAUACCAAUUUACUGUAUCUGUUACUUUGCAAAAAGAAGUCUGGUGAUUGUCAUAAUAUGAGAACUUCUGGCUCUCUGCGUGUGUUCAGAAGUUUGGAUUACACAAAUGUAUUGAGUAAAAUGUCUGGAUGUAGAAUCAGGGUCCAAUAAAUGAGGACUGUUCUACUGUAAAAGAUUGUCUGUAAAAGCUUUUAUACAGCAAUACAUUGUAAGUACACCAAUGACCAUACCAGAUAAUGUAGUAGUCUUAAUACAGAUACUAGGUAGCGUCUAUCUUUGAUUGUCAAAGAUGAUUAUACUGAAGAUCUCGAGACUUAGCAGGAAAUAUGCCAUUUUUCCAUAGAUUUAGUGUGACAAAGGAAAAACACGGACAGGGAAGGUGUUUUUGACCUGAUUCUCCUCUGCUUUGCACAGUCAUUCAUAUCUCUGCAAAGUGGAUGUAAA